UGCGACAUUUGAACUUGGGCUUACUUUUUAUCGGCUGGAAUGAGUUGGUCCUGCAGCCGCUCCACAACCUGUUCAUGGGGGACACGAAGGAGCAGCGCAUCCUGCGACAUGUGCUCCAGCACGCGGUGGCCGGGGACCCACAAAGUGUGCUGGAGGCCAUUGAUACCUACUGCUCGCAGAAGGAGUGGGCCAUGAACGUGGGUGACAAGAAAGGCCAGAUCUUGGAUGCAGUGGUGCGGGAGCAGCGGCCGUCGGUGCUGCUGGAGCUGGGAGCCUACUGCGGCUACUCGGCCGUGCGCAUGGCCCGCCUGCUGGAGCCCGGGGCCCGCCUGAUCACCAUCGAGCUCAACCCUGACUUCGCCGCCAUCACCCAGCAGAUGCUGGACUUCGCAGGCCUGCAGGACAGGGUCACCAUUCUGACCGGGGCAUCCCAGGACACCAUCCCCGAGCUGAAGAAGAAGCAUGAUGUGGACACGCUAGACAUGGUCUUCCUUGACCACUGGAAGGAUCGGUACCUGCCGGACACACUCCUCCUAGAGGAGUGUGGCCUGCUACGGAAAGGGACAGUGCUGCUGGCUGACAACGUCAUCUGCCCAGGAACACCAGAAUUCCUGGCAUACGUGCGUGGGAACAACCGCUUUGAGUGCACACACUUCCCCUCGUACCUGGAAUACUCCAAGAGAGUGGAUGGCCUCGAGAAGGUGGUCUACAAGGGCCCAGGCAGCCCAACACAGCCGUGACCUGCCACCCUGCCCUGGGAUCCCUUGCCGAGCCUAGCUAUGAAGGGCACAACACAUGUGCUUCUGCCAGCCCGCUUUUGCAGUUCUGGGCUCUGUCCUCAGUGUAGCACCCUUAAGGCCUAUGAGGCCAAAGCCUGCUGGCAAUGGCCCCUCUGUGCAGUGACCCUGGCCUGUCACCACU